AUGUCCUUCCAACUCACUUCAGGAAUCUGCGCGCGACUUCACAGCCCGGCUCCAGGCGACGCGGACAUCUUGAAUCAGCCAUGCACUCUUCAGUUGCUAUCAGUAAAGAAAGUUUCGCUCGCGUCGGCGAACCAGCCAACAGACCGCUACAGAAUCAUCAUUUCUGACGGCGUCAACUACGCACAGGCCAUGUUGGCCACUCAGCUCAACAACUAUGUUACUGAGGGACGCAUUGCAAAGAACACGGUAGCUAAGCUCACAAAAAUGACCUCGAAUUCCGUCCAAGACAAGCGAUUGAUCAUCAUCCUUGGACUUGAAGUGCUUGCUCUGGACGUGCCAAAGAUUGGGGACCCAAAAGCACUGCCUGACACUUCGGCCCCCGGUGGUUCCACUGCUACCACACCAUCGAAUGUCGCGUCGCCAGCUCCACCUCGACCUCCUAUGCAACCUAGCAAUCAAAACACGCCUCAGCCACAAAAUCAAGUUCCUUCGAAGAGCAGUCGUCACGGGUCAAUAUAUCCUAUCGAGGGUCUUAGUCCCUACCAGAACAACUGGACCAUAAAGGCCAGAGUGACUCAGAAAUCGGAUAUCAAACACUGGUCUAACCAACGAGGCGAGGGCAAGCUCUUCAGCGUCACGCUUAUGGACGACUCGGCUGAGAUCAAAGGCACCGCGUUCAACACCGUCGUAGACGACCUUUACCCAAAACUCGAAGAGGGGAGAGUAUACUACAUCUCGAAAGCGCGUGUCAACCUGGCGAAGAAGAAAUUCUCGAAUCUUACAAAUGAUUACGAGCUCAGUUUCGAGAAGCACACUGAGAUUGAAGAGUGCCACGAAGUCUCGAAUGUCCCCAUGGUCAAGUACAAUUUUGUCCCGCUUUCUGGACUCGAGGAGUUGGCCAAGGAUUCUACAUGCGAUGUCAUCGGGAUAGUCAAGGAAGUGGCCCCGCUGUCCGAGAUCAUCUCCAAAGCCAGCAGUCGAAGUAUCCCCAAACGAGAACUCACUCUUGUCGAUAAGUCAGGCUUUUCGGUUCGGCUUACUCUUUGGGGUAAGCAGGCGGAGUCCUAUAACGCAGAUGAUGCACCUGUGAUUGCUUUCAAGGGUGUCAAAGUUGGUGAUUUUGGAGGUCGUUCUCUGUCAAUGUUCAGCUCGAGUACUAUGACCAUCAACCCUGACAUCGAGGAAGCAUUUGCUUUGCGGGGCUGGUAUGAUGCGUACGGAGCCGACCAAAGCUUUCAUUCCCAUUCAAGUGUUGUGUCCACGAACUCCGGUGGAGGUUUCAAUCGAUCGGAAAUGCGGAAUUUCAGUGAUAUCAAGGAAUCUCAACUCGGGACUGAGAAGGUGGAUUACUUCUCGGCAAGGGCCACCAUCAUGCACAUCAAGUCCGACAACAUUUCUUACCCUGCUUGUCCUACCCAAGAUUGUAACAAGAAAGUUGUUCAGGAGGGUGACCAGUGGCGGUGUGAAAAGUGCGAUAAAAGCUUUCCGCGCCCUGAAUACCGGUACAUCAUCUCCAUGGCCGUGGCGGACUGGUCAGGGCAAGCCUGGCUUCAGGGCUUUAACGAUGUUGGUGUUGCUAUCUUCGGCAUGACCGCAAACGACCUGAUUGAAAAACGUGAUCGCAACGAGUCCGAGUUUAACUCCGUCAUGCAGAAGGCCACAUGCCAAACGUAUAACUUUGCCUGUCGCGCGAAACAAGACACUUACAAUGACCAGACUCGUGUUCGUUACGGAAUUACAAAGAUCAGCCCUCUAGACUACAAGGAGGAAAUAGCGGCGCUUGUUGGUCUUUUACGAUCUCCUUGGGCCCUGUAA